AUGUCAGAUCACAGGUCCAUCGUACGAGCCAUUAAAUUUUCAACAAGAAGAAACUUGUCAUGUCGGGUUUCCAAAGGAUUUAGAUGUCCUCCUUUGAUUGUUUUUGGAUGGCAAUCAGCCAUUCUAUCUCCAAUUGUUGUUCCUACAACCGAGAAGGUUAGUUUUAAAACCUUCAAAUGUGCCAAAGAAUACGAAGAAUAUUUAAUUGAGGAUUGGGAACAAACUAAAGAAGGACAAUUGCUACUAGCACAGGAAUAUGAUGAAUUGUUUCUGGAUGGUGCUUUUUCCAUUGAUGGUCGGUUUGAGGUGCCAAAGGAUAUCUUUGAUAGAUUACAAUUUUCUUCUAAAUUUUCAUGCAUUGGAAUGUUUUCAUUCUUUAACAAAUGUGUUGUAGCCCACACAACAUUUAGCGAAACAUUAGAAACAGAAAAUUAA